AUGACUGGGUCCCAUGGUGCGUCCGACCAUUCGUUUUGACCUACACAAUUGUUUCAGUGCCCCUUUAUAGAGCCAUGACUGUGAGUGGAAUCCUCUUCAAGCUCAACCUGACCCACCGACCAGGACAGUCGCCCCGGUCUAGCCAAUAGGCAGCUGAUUCCCGGGGCCAUCACAGUGGACACGACGUAAACGGUAGCGCUCUCGGUCUCAUCUCCCUGUGGUCCGGCAUUAUAUACGAGGUCAGGCGUUCGCGGACAGAUUCAUCACCAAGGUCAUCAGAAGUGUAAAGGAACCCAGCCUUAUGCGGCAUGCCUUUCCGCGUCGUGGGUUCUACGAGGCUAUAAAAUUGCCUGUCCUAUCAGUGCGACAGAGCUAGUUUUCUCCCCGCUUCCCCUAUCUGCGCUCCAGAGCCUUGUCUACGAUGUCUGCGAUCGUAAGCAUUGUUGAUAGUAGCUUUCAGGCUCAUGCGGAGCAAGAUGUCAGUGAAGCUCGCGUUAGCGAUGUCGAGUCUGAUGGUGAAGAUCAUCGUACAGCACGCCCCCCGGCGACGCUGUCCGAAAACUCCGCUCUCGAUAACCAGACUGCUUCUCCAUACGAGCUUCCUACGUUCCUCUCUGCCCCAAGCGCUCGCAAUCGUCGUCGCUCUGAGAUUGCGUUUUCACGUCCUCCUCCCAAGUUUACUAUUUAUGAUCCCAGCUCUCACGAAACUAGCCUGACGGAAUCUCAGGCUCAUGCCACGCUACGGUCCUACGAACUUUCAGAUAUCACGCCCCAUGUCACCGAUAGGCUAGGCUACGUUGGAGAGGAAGACAUAGAGGUCGGUAAGAAUGCCAAGGGCGACUCAGCUGCUGCGACUCCUAGGGAGCCCUCCCUUGCUUACGAGCAGGACGAGGAGACUCGGCCUUCCGCGGCGCAGAGGGCGAAGUUCAAGAAGUAUUCAAGGAUCCAUAUGGCAGCUUUGUGUUGGUGUUUCUACUUGGAAGGCUGGAACGACGGCACUACGGGCCCCUUAUUACCUCGUAUUCAAGAGUUCUAUAACAUUGGCUUCGUGGUCGUGUCCAUGAUAUUUGUUGUGAACUGCGUCGGUUUCGUGGCAGGUGCUACCGCGAAUGUGUGGCUGAGCGACAAGCUUGGCUUCGGCAAGGCGAGUCAUGCUUCUCGGUUAGCUGUCGUUUCUCGCGUCAAGACGGUGUCACUUGAAUUAAACAUCGUUCCUACAGGUGCCGUCUGUCAAUGUAUUACCUACGCUAUGCAGAUCCCAGAGGGCCCUUUUGCUGUACGGGUCAUCGCCUACGGUAUUGCCGGCUUUGGAAUCGCUAUACAAAAUGCUGGUAUAAACGGAUAUGCUGGUAGUCUGAAGAAAGGUACUGCCAAAAAGCUUGGGCUCCUGCACGGGACAUACGGUAUCGGUGCAUUCACCGCUCCCCUGGCCGCGACCUACUUUUCUACCGCGGAUCACUGGACCUAUCACUUCCUCAUCUCCUUGUGUCUUUCGGUCUCGAACAUCCUUGUACUUGCGUUGGUGUUCCGUGGCCGAACACAGGAUGAGAUUAUGAUCGAGGAAGGAGAGGAGCCUGGAGAGGUUCAAGUCGUCGAAGUAGGGGCUGUGCGCGAGAACAAAUUCAAACAGAUAUUCAGUUCGAAGAUAGUUCAUUACAUGGCGCUAUUCAGCAUCAUCUACAUUGGUGUAGAGGUGACUAUGGGAGGUUGGAUCGUCACGUUCAUAAUCCGAGAACGUCAAGGCGGACCGAACGCUGGUUAUAUCUCGUCCGGAUACUUCGGAGGCAUAACUGUCGGACGUCUUUGCCUGGUCUGGAUCAAUCAGAAGAUCGGUGAACGACGCGCCCUUUUCCUCUACGGAAUCAUUGGCAUCGCCUUGGAAGCUACGGUCUGGGCUGUGCCUUCGUUGAUUGAAAACGCCGUCGCCGUUUCCUUCAUAGGCGUGCUCAUGGGUCCUAUGUACCCCAUCCUCGUCAACUACGCCAAAGACGUCCUUCCUCGCUGGCUGCUGACGGGCGCUUUGGGGUGGAUUGUGGGCAUCGGACAGUCAGGGAGUGCGGCAUUACCGUUUAUCGCGGGUCUGUUGGCGGCGAACUACGGGAUUGGAUCGUUGCAGCCUUUGUUGAUGUCUAUGAUGAUUGUGAUGGUUGGAGUGUGGGCUUUGGUUCCGAAGGCGCAGAGGAGGGUGGAUUGAAGGUGGUGUUCCAUACGUUUUGACCAUAGAGACUAUAGAAAAUAGAGUUUCGAAUAUGCUCUAGUGAGUACUAUCUUCUGCGUUCUGACUUCCCUCGAUUCCUUUCUCGCAUACUAUUUUGAGCAAUUCGUGUGGCGCAUGUCUUGGAAAUUUGGGGUGUGGAGGCAGUAUAGAAUUAGUGUUCGUGUAUUGUUGGUCCUAUCUGGGUUCUACUCUUCUUCGAUGCCAGUCGAGCAGAAGACGAGUUAUAUUUCC